UCAAAUUUCCGACUCCAAAACAAUGACAAACAUGAAUUGACCGUGUAACUGUAAUAGGUAUCAAACUGCAAAAUAAUAUGAAAUAGUUCUUAUACAAGGAUAAACCACUUCUUUUUUUCUGAACACACAAGGAUAAACCACUUCUUUUGUAUUAGUUUGUCACAUGCCAAAGACCGAGGAAACCUAUAAAGAAAAGAAGGGAUUGCCUAUGAAGGGAGGACAACAUCCGUAUAACGUGAAGGAAGAUAGUCCAAAGUACCAAACCAAACCAAAUGCUUAGGAUUUGGAAAAGGAAUUAAUCUCUUUUGCCUAGGAAACCCAAAAGCAACCUCUUUAACUACACCAAGCCUCUUUCAAAUAUAAGCAUGCUCCUUCGAUAAAAUAAACCUAUCCAAGAUUUCCAUAAUACAUUUUUUCCUUCCAUGAUGGACCGUUCCUACCUAGAUUUUGAGCCUGAUUACCAUUACAGAGAAGAAGAAGCUCAUGACGUUAUUGAGUUUCAAGUGAAAGAUUUUAAGAAGAAACAGCUGAAAGUUCAAUUAGGCAGUAAUGGGGUCCUAGCAGUUUCCGGUGAACGUCCCCCGGGGGGAACUAGAUGGAUCCGAUUCCACAAGGAAUUCAAAGCUCCUAAGGAGUGCAAAGCAAAUGACAUUCACGUAAGGUUGAGAUCUGGUAUUCUUUAUAUAACAAUACCUAAAAAACUUGCUCCGCAGAUUUCUCUACAGGAUCCACUUACGCCAAUGCAACAACCGUCAUUGCCAAUUCAAGACGAAGGAAAACUAAAUCAAGAGAGCAGUCAAAAGAAAGAGGUUGAUGAGACUUCUACAACUACACAACCAUCAUCAGGUGCUGGAGAUAUGAUGAAUACGCCAACUGAAAAUGAUACAUUACCCAUGGCUGGUCCUAAAUCUUUCAAUUCAAGGCUUAAAAUAGGGAGAAAGAAAGCAGUGAAGGUUGUGGCAAGUGUUGCGGUGCUGUCACUGCUGUUCACUGUGCUAUUUUAUAUAUUCAAAUAUUAUGAUCCCAUGAUUAUGGAUGUGUAAUGUAGCAUAAAAAACUUAUGAAAAAAAAUGAUCAUGAACGAUGUUUUGGACCCUGAAGUGAUUAUUAUACUCAGAUUAAUUAGGUUGCAUUACAAUGUAAAAU